CCUCACGUCUCCCCUCUUGCCCUGGCUGCUGUUGCUCAAUCGGUCCCCGAUUUCACAAUCGCACAUGGGGACGGUCGACAGCCGCUGCAGAGCUGAGUUCCUCAAAUGUUUUCCUGUGUUUGCCAGGACUAUCCACUACUCUGAGUCAUGUAUAAGUGGGAAGUUGAGCUAAGACAGUCAGGGCUGGCUGAGCAGUGAACAAGAGAGGGAGUGAGAAAGGGCACUCGGAGUCUGGGCGCUCGCUUGCUUGCUGCUCCUGCCCGGGCUUGGGCUGCAGAGGUAGGCGGGGAGAGAAGCGCGGAGCCGGCCGAGCCGAGCCAGAGGCGCGGAGCGAGCGCAGCAGGCUAGCGAGCAGAGAGUGGCGAGGAGACACUUUGGGAGCGGAGAAGAGGGCCGAGAGAGGAGCGCGGGGAGCCGGCUUGGGGAGCACAGCGCUCCUCGGAAUGGGGACUGGGAGUGAACCUCAUAUGACCAAUGGACACUGGGAGAAGUGACACCACCCAGUUGGAGAAUGGUGUAUUAGAAGAGGAGGAAGCAUGCUGUCUGUCAUCCUGGCGCUCCUGGCCGUCCCGUUCUUGGCUCUUGGGGACCAGCUGGUCCCAGAAGGCUGUCCCAGACUGGACGUGCCAGGUGAUAUGCUGGUCCAGGUGCUUGGUGCCCCCAUCACUCUGAACUGCCUGGAUGGGGAAUUGGAGCCUAAUGGCACCAUUCACUGGAAACUGGAUGAUAAGCCUGUAGGCCCACAGCUUGGCCAAAGGGAAAUGGUGGGAGGAAAGCUAUUACUGAAGUCAGUGCAGCAUAGCGACUCGGGAAACUACACCUGCUACCUGGAUGGCCGCCCAGUGAAGACCUUGCCUCUCCUAGUGGUUGAUCCUCCUGAAGAGCCCGUGUGCUCCUGCCGGAGGAAGAGUUUCAUCAGCAGUGUUUGUUGUGAAUGGAGCUUCCAGAGAAAACCGCCCCCACAGACUAAGGCCGUCUUGUUAGUGAGACAGCUACAGAAGGAAGAGACUUUCCAGAGGCCGUGUCAAUACUUGCAGGGAUCCCAGAAGUUCUCUUGCCACUUGAAUCUUGGGGAAGAUGAUGACUCCCUCUACUUGGUUUUCUUGUGUGUUGACAAUGGGGUGGUGAGGAAGUCCAGCAAAGCCUACCAAUUCAAGGGCUUUGAAGUGCUUCAGCCAGAUCCUCCAACCAAUAUCACAGUCACAGCCGUGAACAAAAGCCCCCAUUGGCUCAAUGUCACCUGGAAAGACCCGCCUUCCUGGAACUCCAUUUACUACCGACUCCAAUUUGAGCUGCGUUAUCGAGCUGAAAAGACCAGCACUUACACAAUCAUCCAGAGGAAGGACAGACACUCAUUGAUUAUCAGUGAUGCCUUGAGGGGCAUGAGGCAUGUUGUGCAGAUUCGGGCCCGGGAGGAGUUUAAUCACGGCCGAUGGAGCGAAUGGAGCAAGGAGAUCACAGGCACCCCAUGGACAGAAACCAAUAGCUUUGCAGCUGAGACAGAAUUAUUCAUUUCUACACAGGUGCCUACUACCUCAGAUGACUACAAUGAAAGCCUUUCCCGAGAAAACCCUGAAGGCGUCACUAACACUCUGCCAGUGCCUGGCUCUACUCAUUCGCCCUACACAUUCCUACUAGCUGGUGGAAGCCUGGUCUUAGGAAUGAUUCUAUUCAUUGGCAUUAUCUUGAGGUACAGAAAAAAGUCGAAGCUGACAGCUUUGAAAGAAAGCAAGCCAGACGUGCUCCCUCCAUAUUCCUUGGGUCCGCUGGUCCCUGAGAAGCCCCAGUCAACCACGGUGCUGGUUCCCUUCAUCUCUCCAUCAGUGUCUGCCAGUAGCUCUGAGCCUACCAACACCCCAGGGCACAGUGGGAAAGACAUCGUGGACCUCCAGAGUCCUUACGACAUUACCAACAGAGACUAUUUUUUCCCGAGAUAGACCCAAAAAUGCAUGGAGUAUUUGGGCUUCAGAUAGGCUAAACUUUGUGGCACAAAGGAAGACUGAAUGAACUAUCAAGAAGGAUGCUUCUCAAUGUUAUUUCAGUCUACCUGCUGAUGGGGUUUGGUGCUUUGGGCUUCUCCUGACUUAUUGCUCUACUGGGGAAGCUGGACUGGGCUCCCUCAGAGAACCAGAAUGCUUUUUAGGUCCAAGAAGAGCUUCUUGCAGUGAGGAGACAGUAGGCUGGAAGCAAAUAGACUGAUUCCCACCAACCAGGAGGAAAAGGUGGUUGGGUUUCAAAACCACCAUGUCUCACGAUCCUCUGAGUAACUGGGUUGGUAAGCCACCCCAGAAAAAGAGACACACAUAAACGCAUAUGGAGGGCCAUGAGCCCAAAAGGCUAUGCUCCCUUGACAGGACCUAGAGGAGGAUGGAAUUAGGGGUCAGCUUGUUCCUAAGAACAACAGGACUAAAUAGAGAGAAGCUUCUGUGGGUCUGGACUCAACCAUCAACAUUCCCUCAUCCUCCAGGCAUAUCCCCCUCCUCAUUUGGACACAAUAACUUCUAGCACAUCUGCUAGCCUGUCACUUCUUAUGAGCUUAUUUCCUCGCCCAAUACACACUUUUCACCAUCCUACCAAGGUUCUUGGAUACCUAGAAGAGCUGUUGAAGAAAUUCAGGUCUUUUAGGCCUAUGACCCUCUUUCAGUUUCUUCCUUGCUGGUUUUUUUUUUUUUCUUCUCAAGAUGCUGCCUUCUUUUCCCAUCCCAGAAUACUGUUGAGAAUGAGUAAAUGGUGCUAUCUCUUAGGACCAAAUUUUAAAAUAACAUCCUUCCCCAUGUUAACAUGUGUGCACAUGCAUGCAUGCAUACACACACACACACACACACACACACACACACACACACACACUCCCAAAGGCUAUUCUAAUUAGUGUUUGAUCAAAACACUUUAUUAUGUACCAAUUGUCCCUACUUUUUACCAUAUGUAUAUAUAUGUAUACAAACAUUCACUGUAUAUAAAACACACCUACUUAGUAUCUGAAAGUUCCUCCUUGCCCUCUCUGUAGUCCAACACCCUCAUUUUACAGAUGAGGAAACUGAGGCCCAGAGACUUGCUCAUGGUCCUACAACUCUUUGGUUCACAGUGUUCCACCCCUCCCCCCUCCCCACAAGGAACAGAGGCUAACUUUUUUCCGCUUAAUGGCAGCUAGGAUGUAGUAGUGUCCUUUCCUUCUAGUCCACUUAAGGCCAGCCUAGCAUAUGGUUCCCUUUCAUGUGAAGCAUGAAGUCUCAUUUUCACUAUAGUUUUAUGUUUUGUUUUGUUUUGAAAUAAACUGAAGUAAGCAGGGAGACAAUAUUUAUGUGAAUAGGGAUGUGAAAAGAAAAGAAUAAGCAAGAAUGUAGUUUUUAUUUAGCUUUUUUAAAAGCACGUUAACUUUCUUUUUCUUUGAGAGGAAGAACAGCUGAUAUUAGAAUAGGGUCUGUGUAUAAAUAACUCAGGCUAAAAGCACAAUAACUUUGGACAGUUGAGCCAAGUGAAAAAGAGGAAGGAGGAAGAAAAUAUUAUUUUCCUCUUUCCCUUAUGCUCUCCCUCUCCCAAGAGGAAGGAUUCUAGUAUUAUUUUGUUUUUGAUGAAUUUACUUAAAAAGCCCACAGAAAUCCCUCCUCUCCUUUGCCCUAGAAUUACCCAUUAGAAUUAGAUCACAGAAUCUUCAAGUUGAGAGAGACCUUAGAGUUCAUCUCAUUCAAUUUGUGUUAUUUUAUAGGUGAGGAAACUGAGAUCUACCUAAGAUCACAAAACUUAUUAGUGGCAGAGCAGAAAUGCAGAGCCAGGUCUCUGGACUUCUGUUUUACUCUUCUAUGCUGCACCUUCAUCCCUGGAAAGGAUGGAAGAAAUGAUAGUGGAUUUGUCCGGUAGAUAAUGUCAUGAAAUAAAUAUGACACAACUGCUAAGAACGGUCAAUGGAAAAGCACCUCGUCACUUAGAGUGAUUAGAGUUCUUUGGGCCAGAAGAGGCUCAUAGGAAAAUUUGUUAUCUCUGUUCCCACCUCCACCACCUUUUUAAUGCUUCUCUAAUUUAUCCUCUCAGUCAAGUGUUCCAUAUUCACUGGCUCACCCUCUCCCCAUCCCUGUUUGCCAGGCUACCCUCUUCUCUAAGAAAAGGUAGAUAAGAAAAACAAAAGCAAAAAUCACCUCAUUUCGCUAUUUGCCCUAAACACUUUGUUGUGACUGGCACUGGCUAAGGGGGCAAGUUGACCAGAAGGUUAGCCUGUAGGACUGGGAGGCCUGGCUUUUGUCCUGGCCCUGCCACUAACUAACUAGGUGAUAUUAGCCAAAUGACUCUUUGCACUUCAGUUACCACAUCUGUAAAAUGGGUCUGAUAAUGGGAGAAGUUGGACGAGGCAGUGUUGCUAACCAAGGUCCCUUCCGCCUCUAAGUUCUGUGAUGUCCAAGGCUUGUUUGCAAAGCUGGCUUAAACUGGGAACUUUUGAAAGCCUGUUGCCGGCUUAGGCGGUGAAUCUUAAUUCACAAUAGCAUCAAGCAGGUUUUUUAAGGUUGGUUGGUUGGUGGGUGGUUUUAAAAAAAACUUUUUUUAAUGUUAUCUGAAGUUUCAUAAAGGUUUCUGAGACCUGAGCACAGCAGAAGUAGUGCUCAGAGGAAACUUCAAAAUAAGCAUCUGCCUCACAAAGGGUCGCUCUGUGCCUUGCAGUUCUUAAAGUAUUUGAAAGGGUUUUUUUUUCCUUUUUGCCCACAUACAAGCUUAACAAACUCAAGCCGAGCCAAGUUCGACUGAGAUGUGAAAUUCAGAUAACUCAUUAUCUCAGACAGCCAGCAAGCUUUGAUCUCAAAAUGAUGAUUGCUCUCAGGAUUACUGUAACCCUGAAGAUUUGUUUUUUGUUAUUUUUUUUUUUUACUAACCGAAGAGCACUCCCCAACCCUCUGCUUCUGCCUUUGUUUUCCUGUCUCUCUGUCUCUGUCUUUCUGCCUCUCUCUCAAUAAGCUAGGAUAAGUGAAGCAUAAGUCACUUUGAGCCUUCUUGCUUGAGUCUUAUUCCAUCCCUGAGAAAGUGCUACUCCAAAUUGUCUGGAAAGGCGGCAAAUUCCCCACCACUGCAGGAGCUCAGGCAGACACUGGAUGGCCACUUGGUGGGGAUUGCAUAAAAGGGUUCUUGCUUCGGAUUGUGAUUUGGCUAGAAACCUUUGAGGUCCCUUGUAACUCUGCAAAUGUAUGAUUUGAAGUCAUAAGCUACCACUGAGAUUCUCCUUCAUCUUGACUGACUAUUGACUUUAAUCCAUGGGAGGCCAUUUUGACCCAAACCUUAGCUUCUUGUGUUGGCCUUGGUGCUAGUGACUCAACAUCAGUGGCCAUCUGCAUACGUUUAUAGUAAAAGCCAACAUGUCAGAAUAUCCACUUACUCUUUUGACUACGAAGAACUGGAAACCCCUGUCUGUACAAUGUUUAUAUUGAAAUUGUUGUGCAGCCUUGAGGCUUAUUGGAAUGAGAAACAACAAAGAAUGUGUUUUGAUCAAUGCUGGGUCCACCUCGCCAUUAGUAACCCUCAGAGAGUCCUUUCCUCUAAAGCAUAGAAAUGAACUUAUGGAUUCAUUUGCCAGGGACAAAUUGUCAGAUGUAUCCUGGAAGAGAUGGGAAAAUUGUGUCUCUGAUGAAGACGAGCACUAGCAGGGUGGGCAGGAGUGUACACCUCUUAGGGAAGAGAAUCAUGGCCUGAGACAGGAUCCAGAUAAGGAUAAAUCAAAAGUUCAGGCCAUGUAAAUAUCAGGGUCUUUUUGAUGUGCCUAAAUCCAAUGAUUUGAGAUGGAAGUAGAAAACCCAGUGGAGGAGCUGAGAUUCAGAUUUGGAGGGGGGUACCAAAUAAAGUGGCAACAGACAGGGAGUGUUGGAGAAAACUAUUUAACUCCACCUGGCUCUCCGAAGCUUCGGCCUUUUCUGGUGUCUGUGACCCAUUCCCCACCCCUGCUUUGCACUGAUAUGUCUGCUGGGUCAUAGGACGGAUCUACCAUGCUACUUGUAGACUCAAAAAGGCUUUGGGGCACCAGCACUCACACUGUAUUUCAGCCACUUCUGCACCUGUGGGAAAUGGACAACUGUCAAUAACCUAAUCCCAAAUUUCCUGGUACAUAUUGGAGAAUCUGGGCCAUCGCAGCCCAUGGAUUGAGGGUAGGACUGAUGGCUAGGUCAUGCCCCUCAAAAGCUAUGGCUGGUAGCAUCUCCCAUUCCAUGAUGAGAAGGGUCAUGGUUUCUGAAUUCCUCAGUGAGCAUUCCAGAACCUCAUCGUCUUCCUCUUUCACACUGAGUCAUAGCCUGUAUCUGUGUUUCCUGACCUAAAGCCAUGCUUCAGGUGUACGCAGUGUUUUGGAAGCCAGAGACAGUCUGAAGACAUUUCGCUUUGGAGAAAUGGUGAAAACUGAGGAUAGUGAUUUUGAGCAAGAGUAUGGGACCCUGGCUUUCUACUCAGGUCAAUGACCAAAAUGUGGAGUUUCUGGAAAGUUUGUAGCAGUUUCUGGAGAAGAUAGGAUGGGAAGUUUGGGGGGCUGGGGAGAGCCCUGAGCAUAACACUCAAAGCAGAUGUCUCUUCUAAUUAGCUAAUGUCAAUCUUUGCGUCACAUCCUUGGAGUGGCUGGAAGCCAGCUAUCCAGGGUUUCUAUGGUAACAUUAACAUUAAUUAAGGGACAUUCUCAGUUUCAUGAAUGUUGGCUCAAGCUAAGAUGCCACUAGAGAAAUGAGCCUGCUCCACAUUGGAGAAUUCUAGAAGGUGGCAAGGUGACUAAUGCUACAGAAUUUACCUGAAUGUAAAUCACUGGCUUGUUUGUGCAAAAUACCUCAACUAUAUGUGAUUUUGUCAACAGAAGUAAGAUUUUUCAACUGUUGACCUGAUUUCCUGAAAGUAUUUACCAAAGGUUAUUAUCUGUAUCAAUAGGAUACCUUUUCAAUAUAUCUUCUAUCUGCUGUUUUUAUUUUCAUUAAAAAAACCUAUUUUUUAAUGUUUGAAAUAAAUACAUUUUUAAAACUUA